UAGAUUGCACUUCGAAAGCCCGAUAUGACCAGAAAAUAAAACUAAUUGGACUAAAUGAAUGUCCGUACAAAUUGCAAGCUGGAUGUUGGAAAAAUGACCCGACCAAGCGGCCGAUGAUCAAGUACGACGACAUUCAUAUCUUUCUCAUUGAGGCACCAGUUGCUUGCGUUGCCAUCGCUGUGGGACAAGAUGUCGUUAUCUACGACGCGACCUCUCAGCCUAAAUGCCAGCUGGUUAACCGUCCGGCGAAAUUUGAUUGUCGCUGGCAUGCUGGUCUAGACAUGGCGGACCAAAUCAUUGAGGGAGGUCGCAUCAUCGCUUACAGAAUCCAGUGGUUUAACGGCUCGUGGUCGACCUGGUUCGGUCCUGGCUUGAACGACCUUGACAUCAAGUUCAACCCCAACGCCGCGACUUGUGACGUUCCGGUCAAGGCCAAAUCAAUGAGAAGAAUGUGGUCCUAUUUCUACGACCACACUCACGAGUUCAUCAUUUGUAAGCCGAAUUAGUUUCAAGGGCGUGCAUCACAAACAGAAGUUAAAGUUACUUAUAUACUUGAAAUUGAAAAUAAGCGCGUAUUCCUUUAUCUAAUAUAUGAAUGUUGCUUCCAAUAUUCAGUGUUAACAAAAUGCGUUGCACUUAAUAAAUUAAUUUAAAUUAUAAAAUGUUGGUGUCAAAGUUACGGAAUUGUUCAACUAUGAAAAGGAUUUUACGGUAAUUAAUAAAUCGAUACAUUUUUCCA